UCCUUUUGGCGCAGCGUCCCGGUGACGUCGCUGCUGUCGCUGCACCACCGUCGGUUCCAUUUAGUGUGUGGUGCGUUGUGGGCCGGGCCGGACCGGGCCAUGACACUGCGGGGGUGGGUCUCCCUCGCUAAGAUCACAGCUGGAGCUCUGUCAUCGGGUCCGCGCGGCGCACAGGAGCACGUGCGUGCGUUCGGUCGGUCCGCGGUAAACAUGGCAGAGGAGGCGAAGAAGCUGGCUGCGGUGGCGGCUGUGGAUAACCACGUGCAGAACAACCAGGUGGUCGGAGUGGGCAGCGGCUCGACCAUCGUCUAUGCUGUGGACAGAUUAGCUGAGAGGGUGCGUCAGGAGAAGCUGAACAUCGUGUGUGUCCCCACGUCCUUCCAGGCUCGUCAGCUGAUUCUGCAGCACGGCCUCACGCUGUCGGAUCUGGACAGGCACCCAGAACUGGAUGUGGCAAUCGACGGCGCAGACGAGGUGGACGCAGACCUGACGCUGAUUAAAGGUGGAGGCGGCUGUUUAACUCAGGAGAAGAUUGUGGCCGGAUGUGCUAAGCGUUUUAUUGUCAUUGCCGACUACAGGAAAGACUCCAAGGCUCUGGGCCAACAGUGGAAGAAAGGAGUUCCCAUCGAGGUGAUCCCCAUGGCGUACGUCCCCAUCUCCAGGACCAUAGCCAAGCGUUUCGGAGGGGAAGCCAGCCUACGGAUGGCUGUCAGUAAAGCUGGUCCUGUGGUCACUGACAACAGCAACUUCAUUCUGGACUGGAAGUUUGCGCAGGCUCAGAACUGGAAGGAGGUCAACACAGCAAUUAAAAUGAUUCCAGGUGUGGUGGAGACGGGCCUCUUCGUCGGCAUGGCUGAACGGGCCUACUUUGGCAUGGAGGAUGGAAGCGUGCAGGUUCGAGAUCCUCACGUUAACUGAGGCCUUCGCCACAAUCACAGUCCCUCCUCUUUUCAGAUGAACUCAUUUCUCCCACAAGUGCCGUGUUAAUAAUUUACACCCGGUCUCAGACCAUGUUUAGACAGAGCUGGAUAAAACUGGAACAGGGACAUUUUCACACAUCUCAAAAUCAGCAUUGGUUAGUUUUUCUCAUCUGGGAGAUGCUGCAUCUGAUUAUGCAUAUUAUAGAGUUUCAAAGUGCCUGAGUUAAAUCACCAUUGAUAUGCUUCAUGUCUAGAUUUACUGCGUGGUCAAACUGGGAGUUUGGGCUUUUUGUGCGCAGUAAUUGGUGGGUUUGACUGAAUGUCUGCACAACUGUGGUUCUGAACCAGCUCGGUGAAUUAAAACAGUGCCGCUAAGUUGAACUAAGGCAGGCCUUGAGAUUAUGUUUUCAAAUCUAUUAAAAUGCACUAUGCCAUUAAAGGUACAAGCUUAUAAUGAUCCAUGAAACUACUAUCAUUUGUUCAUCUGCAGCAAAUGGCAAGGUUCUGCUACUAAAGUGAAGCCAAAGACGCUGUGAGCAGUAACAAAGCUGAUUUACCUUUGUUUAAUUGGACCACAGAACAGAGAUUAGUAUGAACAAUUUGAGAAAACAUUUAUGUGUAGCAAAGAAUAAAAUUCUCUAAUUAACAGACUAAUUUAAACAGCAAGGUUCAAAAUGAAUGAGAUGGCUGACGCUGCAGACACCCUGUGGUGCAUGAGUCCUACUUCCAUCAUUUGGUUGUAGUGCUGUGAUAAUGUGAUAUGGCACCGAGCUGGACAGCAGUUAGUACAGAGCAUUUCACACCCUUACCGUUGGACCAGUGCUGUGUCUUCUGUUCUGCGGUGGUGUCGACUAUGAAGACAGAGUUGUGGAAAUAUUUGUGGUUUCCUCCGUUUCCACAGCUGUUCCUGCAGAGUUACACUAGUCAGUCAGCGGGUUUUAAAGGCUGCACCCACUGUUGAACAGAGAACAAACCAUGAAUAUUUGUACUUUCCUGUUUGUAUGUCUUUUUUCUUUGUGCCUGUACAUCACUUCUGACGCUUUUUUUUUAAACACAAGCUGUUUGUUUACAGGAAACCCUUUGCCAUGAAUUCAUUUUAAUAUAGAGUUGUAUGGAGGCCAUGCUGACAAUGCUAAACCUCCAGCUGAACCAUACAAAUGUUGGCUGCACAGGAAUUAUUGAAUCUCCUUAAAUAUUUUACCAAUCCCCCCCAUUUCUAAACUCUAGUUCUUUACACACAUUUCUUGACUGUCCAGAGCAACCAACGUUUGUCUGAAAGUUUCUAUUUUUUUUUUCCACAACGCCUUUAGAUUUUUAAAAACUUUACAAUUAAGCAGUUUCACUCUUAAUAACUACAAGCAGUCUUAUUAUUUGUAUUGUUCUACUGGAAGGAAGAUGUCAGGUUUAUUAACAUCGGGCCUGUAGACACUAGUGUUUAACUGGACUGAAAAUGUGCUUAUUUUGUUUAAUUGCGUUGGAGAUUUCUGCACCAGCAGUCGUUUUGUUUCUUUUCUUACCAGUGUGACUGUGAUUGCGUUUUCACUGUGACGGUACAAUGCUUUGCCAACCAAUACAGGACCAAAAUGAC